AUGCAAACGCCGGGUGAAGAUUUUACUGGAGAAGUCACCAUCGAAUGGAGCAUCUGGAGGGCGCCCAACGACAUAUCGCCCGCCACUAUGACGCUGUUAUUGUACACUAACGGAGUUCCCGAUGAGCCAGGCUGGGGCCAACCAAUCUAUAUCCACAAUAACCUCAAGACGCUGACGCUCGGAUCUGCCUGUGCAAUUGAAUUUCCACUUGAUCUUAUGUUUCCUAGAACGGCUCAGGGUGAAAAAGGCGCAUUGAUAUUCACCGUAAGGGGUAUCAGGCCGAGGUGGGAGCGAUUGGCGCAACUCGAUGGCAUUAUGGGGGGUGCGGGAAAGCUCUUCUGCGACGUGAUGUUAGAUUCGAAAUGGAAUAUCUCAGCGGAAGAUAUCCCGGAGGUCGCAGAGAAGUGGGGAAGCGAGCUACUGAAAAGGGACUUACGCCCAUUCUGGUUCCAGUAUAGCAAUGAGUACUGUGAAGGAUUCGGCAGGAUAGAGGAUAUCUUUGCUGCAUAUCUCAAAUCAUGCACCAAGACUUCCUCGCUCCAGCCUCCUUCUUAG